GGCAGCAGCGGCAGCAGCAGCAGCGCUGGAGUCAGUACAGUCAGGAGUCUUUCGUCGUGCUGGCGGAGCGAAACUAAAAGCCCCUCUGCUCUGUUACUCACUAAAUUCAGACAGCGAACUCAAGUGAAGAGAGGAGCGCUCGAUUUGUGUAGUCGCUGUUAGGCGGAGCUCUCAGUUUUUCAGUCCGCCAGGGGAAAAGUGUUCAUCCCAAGGACGUUCACUACAAAAGCUUGAGAAGCUCAAAACGCGGAUAAAACGUGAUGAAUGCGAUCAGAGAUUAUUUUCCUGUCCUGCUUGUUGUGGCGGCGGUGGUGACGGACACAGGCGCUAAAGUCUCUGAAGAUGGUCUUUCCAUCACCCCAGGGGACACUCCGGAGAGUGGGGCCAGCAUGUACCCCACCACCCAGGACAUGGGUAGGAGGCUUCCUGUGGUCACCACCGUCCCAUCUGUCCAUGUCCCCAACCAUCAUCCCCUCUACAGGGAUCCCCCGAGACAACAGGUCCUGAUCAGUCCUCAAAGUCAGCCCAACUACUUUGAAGACAGUGGAGGAUCCAGAUCACACCCCAACUCUCAGCCCACCUUGUCCACCUCAACAUCCAGUGAUAAAAGGGCUUCAGAUGAGAGCACUCACAGCUCCAACAUGCAAACAGCCCUGCUAAUGCAGACAUUAGCUGCCACUUCUCACUCUAACAGCCUUGUUCCAGUCACCAGCGUGGUUUUCAAAGAUCCAGAACAUGCUACCAUGAUCCCCUCUGCUGCUACUGCUGCAAGGGAGAAACAUGAAGUGAGGCCAGAGGAACCUGGACUGACACAGAAUGUGAGGGCCAGCAGUGAUGAAGAGGAAACAACAACCAGCAUCAUCACCACCACCACCAUCAUCACCACCAUGCAGAGUCCAAUUCCCUGUCUGCUGAACCUGACUGGACCAGAAGGAUACAUAGAGGCUCCACCACAGUCCAGCUCUGCUUUUCACUCCACUUUGGACUGCAGCUACAUCAUUACCGUUUAUAUGGGCUUUGGAGUGGAGGUCCAGGUGAUGAAUGUAAAUCUGUCUGAGGGAGACAAGGUGGUGUUUGAAGAUGUGGGUCAUGGGGAGAACACCAUGCUGGCCAAUGAGUCCAUUCUGAUGAGGGGGUUAGUAGUACGAAGCAACAGCAACCAGAUUUCUAUCAGCUUCCACAGCCAGAUGUCUCAGGCUGGAUCAGUCCUGCUCAGAUAUCAAGCCUUCGUGUUAAGCUGUGUCUUCCCUCAGCGGCCUCUCUACGGUGAUGUAUCAGUGAGCAGUCUCCACUCUGGAGGGGAGGCUUUUUUCUCCUGUCUGACCGGCUACAAGCUGCAAGGCCCCAGUGUGCUGACUUGCCGCAAUGCUAGCACCCCCUACUGGAGUGGCAAGGAACCGCACUGCCUAGCUGCCUGUGGUGGUUUGAUCAGGAAUGUUACAGUCGGCCAGAUCGUCUCUCCGGGUUUUCCCAGCAACUACAGCAACAACCUGACCUGUCACUGGCUGCUGGAGGCCCCUGAAGGCCAAAGACUACACAUCCACUUUGAGAAAGUGGCGCUGGCAGAGGAUGAUGAUCGACUGCUGAUCAAGAAUGGUAAGAGCAUAGAUGCAGCAGCCCUGUAUGAUUCAUAUGAGGUGGAGUAUCUACCUAAUGAAGGUCUACUCAGUACCUCCAGGCAUCUCUUUAUUGAGCUGACUACAGACAGUACAGGCACAUCCACUGGAUUUGCCAUCAGGUACCAAGCCUUUGCAGCUGGCCACUGCUACGAACCCUUUGUGAAGUACGGUAACCUGACUAGUAGUGACAGCACUUGGGCAGUGGGAGCUGUGGUGGAGUUUUCCUGUGACCCCGGCUAUACUCUGGAACAGGGAUCUGUCACCAUUGAAUGCAUGGACCCCAACAAUCCCCAGUGGAAUGAAACAGAACCUGCCUGCAGAGCUGUGUGUAGCGGAGAGAUCACAGAUUCAGCUGGAGUGAUCCUGUCUCCUAACUGGCCUGAAGCCUACGAUAAAGGCCAGGACUGCAUCUGGGGAAUCCACGUCGAAGAGGACAAGAGGAUCAUGCUGGACAUUCAAGUGUUGAACAUUGGGAAGAAUGACCUUGUGACCUUUUACGAUGGAGAUGACCUUACAGCUAAAGUACUGGGUCAAUACGGAGGAUCAAAGUCCAGAUUUAAACUCUACACCUCCACUGCAGAUGUCACCAUCCAGUUCCAGUCUGACCCUGCCACCAACAUCUACGGCUAUGGCAACGGCUUUGUGGUCCACUUCUUUGAAGUAGCUCGUAAUGACACCUGCCCUGAGCUUCCGGAGAUCUCUAAUGGCUGGAAGAGUUCCUCCCACCCUGAGCUGGUUCAGGGCACUGUGGUCACCUACCAGUGCUACCCAGGUUAUCAGGUAGUGGGUGCCGAGCUGCUCAUGUGCCAGUGGGAUCUCACCUGGAGUGGCGACCUACCAAGCUGUGAGAGAGUGGUAUCUUGCACUGACCCGGGAAAGGUGGAGCACAGCAGGAGGGUGCUGUCAGGUCCUCAUUUCACCGUGGGUUCAACCAUCCAGUACCUCUGCAACAAGGGCUUCACCCUGUCUGGAAACAGCCUACUAAGCUGUUUAAACCGUGGCUCCUCCGGCCCCAAGUGGAACCAGAAGCUGCCCAGAUGCCUGCCUGAGACCUUUGAGCCCUGCAGUCACCCAGGAACCCCCACCUAUGGGAUCCCCAGUUCCAACAAGCUCCACUUCCAGGCUGGAGAGACCCUCCACUACUCAUGCCUGACUGGCCACCAGCUGCUAGGUGAGCAUGUUCUCCACUGUGUCCCUGGACACCCAUCUCAGUGGAGUGGACUGCCACCUGUCUGCAAAGCGCACCCAGGAGAGUAUGAUGAGCACAGAUUAGAUGUAUCUACUGCAGACCUAAGAAUGGAUGGAGCCCAAGUAGCAUUUGCUGUUUUCAUCCCUGUGAUCCUCCUCCUCAUCCUCAUCGUUGGCGUCUACCUCUACUUCUCAAAGGUUCAGAGGAAGCCUCUACGACUCUCCCUGUCCUCCAACUUACCAUAUGAAAACAUCACUGGGGAGUCAACUUUUGACAACUCUGUUUGUGAGACAACGGAAACAAGAGAAUAUGAGGUUUCCAUUUGAAGACGCCAGCUUAUGUCUUUCAGUAUGGACAGAUAAGAAGCCUGCUGACCCUUUUAAAGGUCUGUCACACUCACACCUUUGGUGACCCUUGAUGCCUCCACCUCUUCUCUGUACACUGAAUAUGAGCCCUCCUUUAUUUACCCAACAGAGGACAUCACACCAGCCCUGGGAGGGCUGAACCACCAGAUUAUUUUUAUAGCUCUUCAACAGUUAACGUUCCAGCAGCAGUUUGUACAGUUUUUAAUCCUGUGCUUGCAUCCUGAGGACUUUCGGUGUAACGUAUCAUCUCAGAAAGCAGAGGGAGUCAAUGUGAAGCUUGUGCCACUAAAGGGAUACUUUAUCCCAAAAUCAAAAAUAAAUAUUUUUCCUCUACCAUGAGUAGAGGGAUGCUUCCUUCUGACACUCUCUACAAUCAAUAUCUCCAAAACUUUGCAGCCCACACCAAAACAAUCUAGAUGGAUAAACAUUUGCUGUUGAGGUGAACUGUCUAUUAAGUGCAUAUGACCCCAGAUGUUACAUUGUGUUAUGUGCAUUACACUCUAUAUGUCUCCUUUCACAAUUUAAUGAACAAUGCUUAUGGAUUCAUGGGAUGUCUAUUAAGAAUAAGAUCCAACAAUUAAAUGUCACAGAAAAACAGUGACGUGUGCUUUUAUCAGAGUGUGCGUGUGUUGCUGUUUGAAUCGAUGCAACCUUCUGAGAUAAGAAAUCAGAACGUGCCUUAAAUAAAAGGCCCUUGAAGGAAUAUUUUUCUCUUUGUGAGUGAGAUGACAAGAUUGAUAUCAAUCUUGUGUCGGGGUGUUAAGCUUGGAGCAGGACAUAGUUAUCCUAGCUUAGCAUAAAGACCGGAAGCAGGGUGACACAGCUUGGCUCUGUCCAAAGUUCCAAAACACAUCCAGACCCAAAGCUUGCCUCACCAAAAAACAUGUUGUAUCUUGUUCAUCUGUACUCAGACAGAAAAAUAUAAAACAAUGUGACUAUUUCUCGAGAAACAAUGGUUACUUUAUCCAUUUGAACAAUGUUAACUUUAUGAAAUUUAACACGUCACCUGUGAAAAAUACAUGUCUAGAAGAUUAUUAUUGUAGUUUCUGGGAUUUCUGUUUUCCAUGUUAAGAUUACAGAUAUAAGAACAGAACAGAAAUGACAAACUCCUGUGAACUGUUGGUUGUUGCCUAAUCACACCCUGUCUGCUAAUGAACAAGCUACUCGUUUGCUUGCUAGCAAGGGCAGGCUCCCAGCAACAAGUAAGAAGUGGCAAAGCUGAUGUUGAUUCAUUUUUGUUGUUUGUUUCCUUUGGGUCUUCACCAUUAAAAGACCUUUGUUGUUUUCAUUUUGAACAACCCCCCCGCUUCCAGUGUUUAUACUAAGUUUAACCAUGUCUUGACUCAGUGGACAAAAUUGGCAAUUUUCCCAUCUCUCACUCAGACAGGCAGCAAAUAACCAUGUUGUGUCAAAUUGUUUCUUUAAAAAGAAGUGUUAGCAUAUAAAUUAAGAUUAUAUAUAUUAUCAAUAUACAUAUAUACACUUCAAAAGUUUCAAAUGUUUUCAGAAGUUAAACUUUUCAAUCAACUUUUCCCCAUAAGCAACAUCCAAUUCCCAUGAGGACAUUAAAGCUUCUGUUUUUAUUUUAAAAUGAAAAUGUGAUUUUUUUUGACCUCUCAUUUAGUGACAUCACAUCCUUAUUCUUUCUGUGAUCCAAAAGGAAAAUGUACACCAGGCUAAACUGUUGUUCUCAUUGCCAUUACUUAUUUGGAUAUUGCCUCUAAAUUUAACCAUACAAUAUAUAUUGUCCUAUGAUAAUAUGUAUCCAUGCAAGCUGGUGGGAUGACAAUGAUAAUAGUUAACCUAUUUUUGAUUCAUUGUACAUAAAGUGCUGAUUAAGCUACUUCACAUACAUCUUCAAUAAAAGUUAUUGUCCAGAAAAUACAAUGACAAUGUGUCUUAUUUGCUGAAUAAUCUCCUUAUUGUUAUUGUAGGAGAUGGAAGCGUUUGUGUCCAUUUGAUUGCAUGAGAUAUUUCUAUUGCAGAAAUGAUCAUUUUUUAUGCUCCU